CCCGGCCCCCGCCCCCGGUCCCCCCGGCGUGCGCGCCAUGGCGGCGGUGCGCGGGGCGCCCCUGCUGGCGCUGCUGGCGCUGCUGAGGGUGGACGGCGAGGCGCCUCCAGAAAAGACCAAAGACAAAGGGAAGAAAGGGAAGAAGGACAAAGGCCCCAAGGCGGCCAGGAAGCUGCUGGAGGGAUCCCCCAGGCCACCCAAGGCCACCAAGAAGCCCAAGGAGAAGCCACCCAAGGCCACCAAGAGGCCCAAGGAGAAGCCACCCAAGGCCACCAAGAGGCCCAAGGAGAAGCCACCCAAGGCCACCAAGAGGCCCAAGGAGAAGUCACCCAAGGCCACCAAGAGGCCCCUGGCUGGGAAGAGGCCCCCGACCCUGAUCCCCUCAGAAGCCCCAUGGUGGCCACUGCCUCCGCCCCUCAGCCCCAGCCCCAAGGAGCUGCCGCAGGAGGAAGGUGGGGCCUUCCCAGGUCCCUGGCCGGGUCCCGGAGGAGCGACCCCUGUGGAGCACCACCCUGAGCCGGAGGAGGAGCUGGAGCAGGAGGCGGAGCAGCCCACCCUGGACUACAACGACCAGAUAGAGAGGGAGGACUACGAGGACUUCGAGUACAUCCGGCGCCAGAAGCAGCCCAGACCGCCCCCCAGCAGGAGGAGGCCCGAGAGGCCCUGGCUCGAGCACCCCGAGGAGAAGGCGGAGCCCCCGGGGCAGGGGGUCGAGGCCCCAGAGGAGAAGGAGAGGAUCGAGCCGCCUGGGAAGCCCCUUCUGCCCCCCGACUAUGGGGACGGCUACGUGAUUCCCGACUAUGACGACAUGGACUAUUACUUCCGGCCUCCCAGCCCGCCGAAGCCUGCCUCUGAGCUGGAGACUGACGAAGAGAAGGAGGAGCUGAGUGACCCCAAGCAGGAGGAGACCGAUGACAAGUGCCACACGGAGAAAGGCAAGGACCACAAAGGGCCCCGGAAGGGCGAGGAGGAAGAGUGGGCUCCAGCAGAGAAAAUCAAGUGCCCCCCCAUCGGGAUGGAGUCGCACCGCAUCGAGGACAACCAGAUUCGAGCCUCCUCCAUGCUGCGCCAUGGCCUGGGCGCCCAGCGGGGCCGGCUCAACAUGCAGGCGGGUGCUGUCGAGGACGACUACUACGACGGGGCGUGGUGCGCCGAGGACGAUGCGCAGAACCAGUGGAUCGAGGUGGACACCAGGAGGACCACCAGGUUCACAGGCGUCAUCACUCAGGGCCGCGACUCCAGCGUCCAUGACGACUUUGUGACCUCCUUCUUCGUGGGCUUCAGCAAUGACAGCCAGACAUGGGUGAUGUACACCAACGGCUACGAGGAAAUGACCUUCCAUGGGAAUGUGGACAAGGACACGCCCGUUCUGAGCGAGCUCCCGGAGCCAGUGGUAGCCCGUUUCAUCCGUGUGUACCCCCUCACCUGGAAUGGCAGCCUGUGCAUGCGCCUAGAGGUGCUGGGCUGCCCCGUGACCCCUGUCCACAGCUACUAUGCACAGAACGAGGUGGUCACCACCGAUGACCUGGACUUCCGGCACCACAGCUACAAGGACAUGCGCCAGCUGAUGAAGGUGGUGAAUGAGGAGUGCCCCACAAUCACCCGCACAUACAGCCUGGGAAAAAGCUCACGCGGGCUCAAGAUCUACGCCAUGGAGAUCUCCGACAACCCUGGGGACCACGAGCUGGGGGAGCCGGAGUUCCGCUACACAGCCGGCAUCCACGGCAACGAGGUCCUAGGCCGCGAGCUGCUGCUGCUGCUCAUGCAGUACCUGUGCCGCGAGUACCGCGACGGGAACCCCCGCGUGCGCAACCUGGUCCACGACACGCGCAUCCACCUGGUGCCCUCGCUGAACCCCGAUGGCUACGAGGUGGCAGCGCAGAUGGGUUCAGAGUUCGGGAACUGGGCCCUGGGGCUGUGGACCGAGGAAGGCUUCGACAUCUACGAGGACUUCCCGGAUCUCAACUCUGUGCUCUGGGGAGCGGAGGAGAGGAAAUGGGUCCCUUACCGGGUUCCCAACAACAACCUGCCCAUCCCCGAACGCUACCUCUCCCCGGAUGCCACGGUGUCCACGGAGGUCCGUGCCAUCAUCGCCUGGAUGGAGAAGAACCCGUUCGUGCUGGGGGCGAACCUGAACGGCGGCGAGCGGCUGGUGUCCUACCCCUAUGACAUGGCGCGCACACCCAGCCAGGAGCAGCUGAUGGCCGCGGCCCUGGCGGCCGCCCGAGGAGAGGACCAGGACGAGGUGUCUGAGGCCCAGGAGACCCCGGACCACGCCAUCUUCCGCUGGCUGGCCAUCUCCUUCGCCUCCACCCACCUCACCAUGACCGAGCCCUACCGGGGAGGGUGCCAAGCGCAGGACCACACCGGGGGCACGGGCAUCGUCAACGGGGCCAAGUGGAACCCCAGAUCCGGGACCAUCAAUGACUUCAGUUACCUGCACACCAACUGCCUGGAGCUCUCCAUCUACCUGGGCUGUGACAAGUUCCCGCAUGAGAGCGAGCUGCCCCGGGAGUGGGAGAACAACAAGGAGGCCCUGCUCACCUUCAUGGAGCAGGUUCACCGCGGCAUCAAGGGGGUGGUGACGGAUGAACAGGGCGUCCCCAUUGCCAAUGCCACCAUCUCCGUGAGUGGCGUUAACCACGGUGUGAAGACAGCCCCUGGCGGCGACUACUGGCGCAUCCUGAACCCCGGGGAGUACCGCGUGACGGCGCAGGCGGAGGGCUACACGCCCAGCGCCAAGACCUGCAACGUGGACUACGACAUCGGGGCCACCCAGUGCAGCUUCGUCCUGGCGCGCUCCAACUGGAAGCGCAUCCGGGAGAUCCUGGCCAUGAACGGGAACCGGCCCAUCCCGCGCAUCGACCCUUCGCGCCCUAUGACCCCCCAGCAGCGCCGCUUGCAGCAACGCCGCCUGCAGUACCGGCUGCGCAUGCGUGAACAGAUGCGGCUUCGCCGCCUCAAUGCCACCGCGGGCCCGGCCACCACCCCGACGCUGCCCACUGUGCUGCCCACCGUGCUGCUCCCCACCCCCUCCCUGGCCCCCUCCCCCGCCCCCAACUCCACCCUGGGGCCCUGGGGCUUUCCGCCUGAGCCCACGGCCGACUGGGGGGAGUCCGAGACUGAGACCUACACGGAGGUGGGUGACGGGAACUGGGGACUGAGGAGUUUGAGACCGAGCUGGCACCCGCUGAGGACGAGGACUGGCAUGAAUAGGAGGGAAGGGGGACAUAACAAUUUGGUUAUAAUGGUCAUUUUGAGUUAG